UAACCAUAGCACUCGUGAUUGUGAGUUGUUGUUGGUGUGGUGUGCGGUGGAAGUAUUGUAGGUUAUAAAGGUGCCGGUUAAUUGUAUAAGGAAGUGUCGUGUCAUUGCAGUACUAUUACUGCGCACGUUAUUGCUCGCAGCAGUAUGAUGUGGCCCAUCUGGUUGUGUUUUGUGAGUAGUGUUGUUCUUAUUGUGGCACAUGAUGGUGACAUUCAUACAAUUCAGUAUACAAGUGAUACAUUUUCUAUAGAAGUGCCUAAGAACAAUCACUUUGUCAUGUUUUUUGCACCAUGGUGUGGGCAUUGCAAUCGCUUAGCACCUACUUGGGAACUACUGGCUAAAGAGUAUAACAAGGAUGAAAGCAGCAAGGUAAAGAUAGCCAAAGUGGAUUGCACCACAGAUACAUCUCUGUGUUCAGACCAUGAUGUAACAGGAUACCCUACACUUAAGUUCUUUAAGAAUGGUGAUACAGAAGCGCUCAAAUUUCGUGGAACACGUGAUUUGGCUUCUUUAACUUCAUUCAUCAAUGAACAGCUUGGAAAUGCACACCAGGAAAGAGAUGAUGUACCUAAAAUUCCUGAACCAGUAAAUGGUUUGGUUGAGCUGACUGAGGAGACAUUCAUGAAGCAUGUUGAAACUGGAAGUCAUUUUGUCAAGUUUUAUGCUCCUUGGUGUGGUCAUUGUCAGAAACUUGCUCCGACCUGGGAUGCUCUUGCCAAAGCUCUGGAACAUGAUACUACUGUUACAAUUGCCAAAGUUGAUUGCACAGUGCAUAGGUCAGUUUGCAAUGACUUUGACAUAAAAGGUUACCCCACUUUGCUGUGGAUUGAAAAUGGAAAGAAAGUGGAGAAGUAUCAAGGUCAGAGGACAGAUGAAGAUCUGAAGGCUUUUGUGAAAGAGAAACUAGGUUCAAGCAAUUCUGUGUCUGCAAAAGAAACAGAACCAGAACCCAGCAGCCCAGUCAUUUCUUACUCGGGUGAUAACUUCGACCAUGGCAUUGCUAAAGGAAUUUCAUUUACAAAAUUCUUUGCUCCAUGGUGUGGUCACUGUAAGAGAUUAGCGCCAACAUGGGAAGAACUUGGAGUAAAGUUUGUUGGCAAUCCAUAUGUAAAAAUUGCAAAAGUGGAUUGCACAUUGGAUUCCAGCAAAGACCUCUGCAGUCAACAAGAGGUCGAUGGAUUUCCUACACUGUUCCUGUACAGAGAUGGAGAAAAAAUCGCUGAAUAUACCGGAUCUCGAACUUUGGAUGAUUUGUAUGAGUUUGUUAUAAAACAUAUCCCACAUGAUGAACUAUGAAUUUGCAGUACUAUAUUUUGUACAAUCAGGUUCAUGUUUUAUAGGCACCAGUACAUAUCCAGUCUUGUAGACGUUUGGACAGGCAAUAACUAUAAUCCUUGGUAUUCGUAAAUGAUCCAGUCUGCUCGGAAUUUGAUGUGACAUUGGGGAUAGUCAACAUACAUAUGUUGCACACAUUUGAAUCAACAUUUCUUGUUAUCAUGCCAUCAGAGUUUGAAGUUUGUGCCACAUUAGUGAAUAAUAUACUUUUAUAAAAUAUUUGUGAUGUUAAUAUUAUGAUCUGAUGACAUUACAUGUGUGGUGUUCCUGGAGAAUGGAGGAAUGUUCUCAAGGAUAUAUUUGUAGCAUCUGCAUUCAUGAUCAAAAAAUCUGCUGUAGCUGUGUUUUAGAACAAAAUACUUGUCAUGGCUGUAUCAUUCAUUUCCGUGUCAGGCAACACCAGAAUGGAAUGGCUGCGUUGAAAAGAAAGGAUUGCUUUUUGACCACAUUCAUUAAGAAAUACUGUCUUUAGCCAUGUUAAUUUUAUUCAUUGUUAGAUAACAUUUCGAUGUAAUAGGGUACUUCAGUCCUUUGAUGCAUAGAAACAUUCAUCUGCUGAAUUUAUUUCAUUUUUGCAAACAAGAGUAUAACUCAAGAUCAGAAUAGAAUUUUCUAGCACCUUAAAUCUGAUUUUGUCUGAAUUGUUUAUAUUAUUUAUGAAAGCUCUUGUCCAUGCUUCAGAAUGUCUGGGUUAAAAGUUUGUAAAUAAUGGCCUUAAGUUUGUCUAAAAUGUUGUUAAUUUUUUAUUAGUAAAGCUUCAGUCAUUGUAUUUGAAUAUAUGCUGAGUUUAUUGAUGUAUGCAUAAAAUAAUGUCUCAAAAUCAGAACAAAAUUCACAAGCACCUUAAAUCUGGUUUCAUGUGAACUGAUAUAUUAUUCAUGAAAGUUCCUUAUGUCCAUAUUUGAUAAUUACUGUGCUAGAAGAUUGUCUGUUUCUUCAUCUAAAAUCUUGUAAAUUUAUGAUAAAAGUGCUGUAGCUUGAUAUCAAUAUUGUGAACACUGAUCAAUGUAACUGGAGGGGGAAAAAUUCACAUCUUUUAGUGUUUGAAUAGUCAUCUUAUUUAUGAAGGUGAAUUGCAUGACAUAAUGAUCUUUUAUAAGUACUUACUUCUAAUUUGCUAUCACAAGAUUAUUUUUGAAAAAAAAAAAGUCUUAUGUCAGGAUAUUAACAAAGAAUGUUACCGUUGUUGGAAUUUUGUGUGUUUAAGUGUUUUAUGUAACUGAAAUUAGGGGAAAUUUCACAGUUUUACUUGUGUUCAUAUGUAUCUGUAAAAGCAGACUGGUAUACCAGGUAAAAUGGUGGUAUGAUGAGAAAUCAAAACAUGUUGCUAUAUAACCUCAUAAUUCUAUCCAUUAGCCAGAGACAUUAAUACUCUCACUGCCUAGAUAGCCACGGGCCUGUCAGGAUUUAGCUCCGUAGUUACAAUCAACUGGUAAGUUCAGAUUUUCUUAGAAAGACAUACAUGCACAAAGAUGCAUAUUGAUGCUCAAUUUUUUGUUUUCUUAAAGUCAUUAUAAGAUGAAUCUUUAAAUUCUAGAGCUAGUUUACCUGGAUAUAAAGAACAAUUGAUAUUAAAUUCAGAGACAUGGAAUAGAACCAUGCUGUGUACUAUGUCAUACACAUUUGUAUUCAGUUUCUUCAAAUAUUUUAAUGUAGUAAAUAAAGAGAUAUAUUCAUAUAAAAUAUAGAAAGAAUGGAAGAACAUAAAUCAUUACAUCAGCUAAAUCUGUGGACACUGCCUGGAAAAAGCUUCAAUGGAGACUAUGCAGUUUUUUAAUUAUGGAUGAAAUUUGAUGAAGAAUUACUCAAUUUACUGAGUGUGAGAACGUAAACCUACAAAAAUGGAAACAUCUCAUGAGGAGGAAAAAAAUUUUAUACAGAAAAGGCAGUGAUCAAAAUUGCAAAUUAUACAUUUAUAUUUAGUCAGUACUAGAGGAUUUAAAUGAAUUUCAUUGACGAGAAUAGAGAUAUUGGGGCUUAGAUUCACAGAAAGUACAUGCUUGAAAUUAAAUGAAGUUACUUACUUCUUCAAUUUGAAUCAAAUUUUGCAUGCAAGUUCUGAGUUUCUUCAAGAUGUAAUAUUGUGAUGUACAUUACUGUAAUGAUUCAGCUUAGUGUUACAGUGCUCAAGGCACUCAUGUAGAUGAUGCCAUCUCCGUUUAGCAAAUAAACAUAAAAGCAUUAGUUAAAUAUGAUUUCCAAGGCUACGAUGAAGAUCUUGGUUUGAACAUGUCUUUGGCAAUUUGUGAACUGUUAUAGUUGGUCUUGGGGACUGCAUUUCCAAGAACACUGCUGGAAAGUAGUUCCAGAAAUUUCCAAACUAUCAUUAGUGUCCAUUUGUUCACCCUGCAUUCAAAGUCCAUCAGUGAAAAUUUCCUUUUGUUCCCAGUAAUUUGUCAUGUCUUCUCAUUCAAAACUUUUGUCAGUAACCCAACUCUUUGCCCCUUCAUUGUCAUCAUCAUUUACUAAUGUGCCAAUUGAUCCUUGAUCAUGUAUGGAACUUUUCCUGUCACUGUCUGAAUAUUUGUUCUGAAUCUCAUGCGUCUACAUUUUUAGCCAGUUUUUACUUUGACUCUGACUGCUUUUUGGUACUGUGUCAAAACGAACUGUGUGCCCUGUUAAGUUCGAACAAGUUAUGCUUCUUUGGAUCCCUGGUCAAAAUGGGAUUCUGGAUAAUGAGGAUGCAGAUGCCUUGGCUAGGGUUGGAUCAAGAAGUCCAUUCCCAGAAAGCAGUCUCAAUCUCUGUAUGUUGGUAGUUUUAAGGUUAAGGUUUGGCUGGCGGAAGGGCACUCUGAACAUCAGCCUGCGACACCAGAUAUGAGGAAGACCCUCUGAUAAACUUUCUACGGACCUGUUGGCCUUGGACAAUGCAGGUUGAUAAGAGGGAAAGUAAUAUUAAGCAAAAACCUAGUACAAACAGUACUAAGCCAAAUAGUAUGUCUAAAAAUAGGAGUACUGUUUUUAUAAAUAUUUAGUUUUCUGUUCUAAUUCUAGUGGGCUGCAUAAAAGUGAAUAUCCCAUGUGUGCUGUGAGCACCAAAAUGUUGACCCAUGGGCUAAGGAAAACGGAGAUUUGUCAAUUAUGAUAACAAUAUAGUGGUUUGAACUGGGUAUCUUCUGAAUAUAAUUAGAGCAUGUAGUGCUGGGAAAAGUUUGAGGAUUAAUACAUGAGAAAAGGCAUGCUUGGAAAUUUUUUUAUUGGUAAUUUUCACUUACAAAAUGUGGAUUGAAAAUUUAGUUACAAACAUGUAGUUUUGGUUUGUAAAAAAACAACUGAUAACAUUUGUUUGUGAUAAGUUCUUGUUAGAAUCAGUUGUAAAAGAGGUUUCUACUUUGCAUUUAUUUUAAUUGCCUUGUAGUAAAACUUUGUGUACAUAUUGAUUACUGAAGCCAUAUACCCUGUACAGACUUUACUAUUUUUUUACAUAAAUUUAUAUUAUGUAAUAUACAUGUAAAAUUUUA